CGGUCGACAUCCGCUCUGCAAGGCAAACCGGAAGUGCGGCGCUUGAGGCGCCCGAAGCGAAAGGAGUCGGAGGUGUCGCUCGGCCUUCCUCGGAGGCUCCCUGGGCCGCUUGGCCAUGGCUGGUACCGCGCUCAAGCGACUCAUGGCGGAGUAUAAACAGCUGACUCUGAAUCCACCAGAAGGCAUAGUAGCUGGGCCUAUGAAUGAAGAAAAUUUCUUUGAGUGGGAAGCAUUAAUAAUGGGCCCAGAAGACACUUGCUUUGAAUAUGGUGUUUUUCCUGCUAUUCUGAGCUUUCCUCUUGAUUAUCCUUUAAGUCCUCCAAAGAUGAGGUUCACAUGUGAGAUGUUUCAUCCCAAUAUUUAUCCAGAUGGGAGAGUAUGUAUUUCUAUUCUUCAUGCUCCUGGGGAUGAUCCUAUGGGCUAUGAGAGCAGCGCAGAACGAUGGAGCCCUGUACAAAGUGUAGAGAAGAUCCUCUUAUCUGUUGUCAGCAUGCUGGCAGAACCAAAUGAUGAGAGUGGAGCCAAUGUGGAUGCCUCUAAGAUGUGGCGGGAAGACAGAGAACAAUUCAACAAAAUAGCCAAGCAGAUUGUCCAGAAGUCACUUGGGCUUUAAAAAGGAACGUGAACUCUAAAAUGUUUGACAAUCGAAGUAUUGAAUUUUUUUCAUACAGCUACACAAAUGUAAUACAUGGUGGUAUCAAAAGGCAAGCCUUGCAAAAUAAUGACUAGGUUUCUUUACCCUGUUCCCCUAUAUGCAUUCCCAUCUUUUUCUCUAUGGAAAAUAAAUGUUUCUCCAGCUAAGAUGUAUCUAUCUGGAAUACAACUGAAUUUAGUUUAGCAGAAGAAUUUCCUGGAGGAAACCAGGGAAAUUUACAUUAUGUGCAUCUUUUCACUUAUAGUAUAAAGGGGUUUUUUUUUUGCUCAGUUGCUGGUAGUGAGAUUGAGAAAAGCUAUCUAUUUUUAAGUGCUCAAAGGCGUAAAACUGUUUUUAAGCACAACAGGAAUCUGUUUGGAAAUUUGGAAAUUCAAAACUGCCCUGUAAGAAGACCUUUCUUCUCUAACUUAAAAGGAACUUGGUCAUCUCCUGAAUAUUGCAAAACAGCUUCACCUUGAAAUUUAAUAAAAACCUAAUUAAACUUUUGGAUAAGAUUGCUUUAUGAGCAAGAGAUUUACUCUUUGAAACAGGAGUAUACCAGUGGCGAUGUGGUCAAUGUAAUCAGUAUUUUUCCUCAAGAUCAUCCUUAAAUGAGUAACUCCUUAGGCAGCUGCUUAUGAAUAGCAUCAAGCACCUCAUGAAAUACGAAUUGAAUUUAUUACGCCCGCAUCAGGUUUGAUGUUAUCUGAAUAAUAUUCCUAUAAGUACUGACUUCCUCAAACAUGUCUCUCUGCCUGGAACAGAUGCUGGAAACAACAUGUCUACUGACUUUGCAAAAGAGCAAUCACUACCAGGUUAUUUUUCAGUUCCAAAUUGGCAGUACUUGUUCUAAAAUUAAAGGGUGUCUUGUCUUUUCUGUGAAAGAAAAUAAAGUGAACAAAAUCCAGCACGAAUACUUCUGAAUUAGUAGGAAGUGGUGGUUCUUAGUUUCUAUUGUAUUUCUUUCUGGAGCUCUGAAAUUGGUCUUGAUGAUAACUGUUUAAAAUACCAAUGUAUUAGUACCAUAGGAAUGAAAAAUACUGCUCUGUUCUUGUUAGUGAAGGAACUGAGCAUUAAAGAACCUUCCUUGUAUUUCAUUUCCAGGUUACAGAGCAGUUCACAACCAUCUUUUAUAACGCAAUAUGGCUACCCUUGGGAUGCCAAGUCUCAAGCUUACAGUACAAGAAAUAUAAUGGAUGGCUCUUGCAAAAAGUGUCAGUUGUUCUUAUAUUAUUUUCACUUGAAUCAGACUUUCUGAUUUAAAUAGAUAACAAUCAAGGAAUCGGUCAAUAAAAUAUGUUUUAUUAUGACAGUUCACAUGAUAUAUUUACACACUGAACAUCAUUUGGCAGCCUUUUUUUCCAAUUUAUACCAUGCAUAGAUCUGUAAGAUUAAGUGAGAGACAAUUGGAUAUUACUACAGUGGCAUGCCUUCCAGUGAACAUAGCUUGCAUGCCCUAACUGAUCCAGGGGGAAAACUGAAUCCAGGCAUAGAAGCAGGCUGUAUGCAGUUCUUACUCCGUGAGAGUGGUUUUCCGUGAGAGGAGUGCCACUGGAACAGUGUCAGCAUCACACUUAAGAUUAUUUCCUGUUUAGAAAGUUAUGGAGAAGAAAUGUAGCUUUGGAUAUGGCCUGGAAUGUUUGGAUUGAAGAAGUAUUAGUAUUUGUCCAGUAUGCCAUCCACAGCUGUUGCUGAUCUCUUCACACAGAACUUAUUUUAAAAGAUGGAGUAUAACUUGGAGAACAAAACAUGUCAGCAACAUUCUAAUGUAAGAGUGUAUUGCUUAAUGAUUAUUAAAAAUGAUAUGACAGCUAUCCUACCCUUAUACAGUGUUCCUGUAUUUAAAAAUAUGUUGUUUUAUAAUGGACACAGUCUGUUAAUGAAAAUAAAUGCAUAUUUUCCUUAAAAGUAUAA